CUUGCGUGCAAUUAGUACAUACACCUAUAAUUCCCUUCCCUUGGCACCUUCUGGUCCAGUCCAGAAUAUCUAGGCAUCAUUUUAGGUGGACUCAGAACAGAAUUGUCACGCAGGACUACCUUAGCUGAACGCCGCGAUCGAGAGUUGUACCGGGCCUGCUUGACUGCAGGUGGCACAUAUCCAGGUGGCAGAUAAAUCAUCUUACGAAAGUGGAAUUCAUGGUGUGCCAUUGCUUUAUCUGCCGGCGCAAAGAGGUAGCUCGAAGCUGAAGCUGAAGCUGAAAGCUCUGGUGAGGGCUGCCACGUGAGGCAAACCGGAAUGAAUACCUACCUACCUACCUAAGGUACCUCGUACCUAUCUAGGUAAGGUACCUGAAGGUAACCCACAAUCAAAAAUGCAAAUGCAGUUCUAUUCACGAACAGACCUACUUCAACCUCAACAAUUUGCGGUGCUUGUUGCACCUGACUUGGGGAUUCCAUCAGUGGCUAGUAAUACCUACCUAGGUAAUAAACCUCGGUCAGGCUGGACCCAGUGACAGCUCGCUGCCAUUUGGAGGGCUGUCGAAGUUACCUACUGUUUAAGAAUGGGUCUUCUUCCGAUGCCCAAGUGAGAAAAGCCUGACAUAGUGCUACAGAAAAUUGGAGACAUCGAGAAGAAGACAGUCCUAAAAGGUGAAAUUGUGAAGAAGGUACUUGACAGGACACUAGGUAGAUGGUUAAAUCUACGGGUACUUGAGGCUCAGGUAGGCAGCUGUUACUUCGUUAAGCAGAGGUUUAUAUGGCCGAUUGAGGCACCCUGAGAACACCAGAACCAAUUGAUUGGAAACACUAUAUGGUCUUUAGGCAAGCUUUAGAAAGAGCUAACGAGCAUUUUUACGUCAUCGGAUCAUAUCAUUACACCUGUUUGUUGCAUUCUAUUUUGAGGAUUUGUAGUGGAAUAGCUGCAUGCCUCAACCCGGCCGGCCGGCCACCUUUUGCUCCGCUUAACAGGGUAGGUUGGCAGCUGGCAAGCUGGGUAGCUCUAGGUACCUUACAGUACCUAGGUACCUACCAAACCUAGCCGAGCCUACCUACCUACCUCUAGGUACGAAAGGUACCUACCUACCUGUAGGUCAUUCCGGCUGCCGAUGAUCACGAGCUGCACUCACAGGUGGGCUGGCAUAUGUGGCUGAAAAUAAGCCUGCGGUAAAGUGGCGGUGCUGAGGCUGCAACGACCACAGCCAAGCAUGGGGACGUUAUCAAGGCGCUUCACUUCCAUCAUUCAACGAUUCCAAGCAGCUGUCUAAUCAGCGCAGAAACCCAAAUCAGACCAAGGGACUCGACCUGGUAAAGAGGCGCCCUGCUGCAAGCUGCCUGACCUGGGUUGGAACAGCAUGUGUUGAAACAGGCGUCAUGUCGGAAUCAGUAACCCAACCUCUAAUACCUCAUAUAGCCAAGCCCUUGAGCUUGAUUCCCGUUGGACUGAAAGAGGCUUCGUUGGACAGUCCUAGUUAUCGCGCCACCGCUGUACACUUCUCUGACCAGGUUGAGAUCAUCGAGAAAUGGCUCGAUGCUUAUGUCAAAUCUAUAUCGAAGCUCGUCCAUGAUGUUUCCUCACUGGAAGAGACAUUCAAUGCCUUCCUCCUUCGAUCGGUUCCUCCAGCCAAUGUGUCCGAAGCUGUGCUAGACCACGAUUAUACCCUGCUUGCAAUGAAGAGGUUUGGUGAAGGGUCUAGGGAGUGGUGGUCGCAAGUUAUAUCUGGCAUGAAGAAGAUGGACACCAACAUUGUGGAACCUAUCAAAUCUUUCAUGGCUGGAGAGUUGCGAAAUUUCAAAGAUGCAAGAAGAUACCUCGAACAAUCGCAAAAGACUUUCGAUAAUACCUUGGCUCGCUAUGUCAGCCAAUCUAAGACAAAGGAGCCGUCAUCACUGAGAGAAGAUGCUUUCCAAGUCCAUGAGACAAGGAAAGCAUAUCUCAAAGCCUCACUCGACUUCUGUCUUCUGGCCCCUCAACUUCGAUACACUAUCGACAAGCUCUUGAUAAGAGUGUCCUCGGAUCAAUGGAGAGAGAUGAGGCGCUCAAGAGAUAGCAGUGGCGCUAGCUUUGCCAAAUGGGGUGUCGAAAUGGACCGUGUAAGAGGCUGGAGUAGAGAAAUGGAGGCUGGCGAGGGCAUAUUCAGGCGAGAAUUGCAGAUUGCGAGGCGAGAAAUUGCGGAGGCUGCGUCUCAAGCCUCGAAGCCAUCGCGAGAGCUAGAUGAUUACAAUCUAUCUACUGUGUCUACUCUCGGGGUAAAAGGUCCUUCAGCCGUCAACCUAUCUCAAGGCAGGGACGGAGAGCGAUCGGGAAAGCAGGGAUGGUUAUUCUUAAAAGGUAUUUCCGGCAAGCCUGCCAGAACAACGUGGGUUCGGCGAUGGUUUUACGUCAAGAAUGGCAUCUUUGGAUGGCUUGUCCAAGGCAUCCAGUCCGGCGGCGUGGAAGAGGGUGAAAAGAUCGGUGUCCUACUUUGCAAUGUCAAACCUGCCGUUCAAGAAGAGAGACGAUUCUGUUUCGAUGUUAAGACGAAAAACCAAACGAUCACUGUUCAAGCUGAAACGCAAGGGCAGUUAAUGGACUGGCUGGAGUCAUUUGAAGUCGCAAAAAAUAAGGCCCUCGAAGCUAGCGCAAAUGAUAAUUACUCCCACCCAGGGGGAAUAGAUCCUGCAUUUGCAAUUACUCCGCCGUCUAUUCCUGAAUUUGCCGCCAAGACUAUGGACGGCCAUAUGGCACAUGGAAGUGAUGAGCUUGGAAUCAAUUUCGACAGAGUCGGGACCUUACCAGUCCCAGGGCCAGAACUGGGAAUUUUAGCUCCAAGGAGUAGCUUUGACGUCAGCGCUCCCCGUAGGUCUGUGACCACAAGAGAAGAUGGUGAGAGUAGUAGAGAUCACGCAGCACGGAUCAUGUCGAAGCUCGACCUUCAUCGGAAAACCACCAUUGUUCAAGCCGACCCACCUCCGGCACCUUCCCCAGCCUCUGGUGGUAUUGCCAGUCUGAUAUCCGCAAGUCACAACAUUUUACCAGUCUAUUCAACACCUGCAAUUACCCAGCUAGGCCCCAACGCUCCUACUAAGCCGCCACCAAUAUUUCCUCCACUAAAUACAGAGCCUCAGACAGCAAGCACGCUGGCGCCAUCGACUCUCGCAAACCCACCAGCGCCAACAAACUUGUCAAAAUCCGCUGUUAUCGUCAGUGGCGAACGAGGAAUUGGUGUGGGACGAAGCGAUGCCACGGGUGGGAUGCCAUCUGGAAUUAUGGCAAAUCUUUGGGGUAGCAGCAACUGGGGAUACAUUAAUCGCCUCGAGAAGGGCGAAAUUAAGUCGCAGGGGCCUAACACAUCUGUCCAUCCAAGCCCUAGCAUAAAACUUCUUGAGCCUGCGGCCAGAAUCGGUGACGAGAAUCGUAAGCCUGAGAUGGGACUAUCCCAUGUCCCACCAGCAGUCAAUUCGUCAACCGAAGCUAUCGGUAUCCCCGCUCUGCCUACUGCGCAUAGGAAGGCCAUUAGUGUUGACAUUGAAUCUACCCGUAUGCAAGGUCAUUUCGCCCCAAAGCCAGAAGUCUUCCCCGUCAACUACCCUCUCGAGUUGAGGACACAAGAGGCGCAGUUUCGAAUGCUCUUUCCCAAUGUUUCAAGAGAUGACAAAGUGCUUCUUGUAUUUAGAGCUGCUUGGAACCCGAAUGAGCAGCAAGAAUUCCCUGGCAGAGUCUAUGUCACGCAGCAUGACAUUUAUUUUUACAGUCACCACCUCGGCCUUGUCUUGAUUUCGGGAGUAUCUAUGGACAGUAUCACAGAAGUGACUGCCGCGCCAGGAAGAGAUUGCGAUUUCAUAUUCCUGCACCUUCGCGAAGAUGCUUCCUCUGUAGGCUACACGAGAAUCACAAUCAAAACAUUCUUGGAGCCACUGCGGCUACUCCAAUCAAGACUCAACUACUUGAUAGAUAUUUCGCAGUCCAGAGAGCCUCUGAAUCUUCAAAGUACGAUCGAUGCAUUGGUCAAAAUGGAGAACGUCGAUCCAACUCGGAGCCCUAGUAUGGAAAGCUGGGAAGACGUAUCUGUCAACACACCAAUUGAUGAUGGUACCCUGACGGGCCGACGCAAGGACCGAGAUCUUCGAGCAACAAUCCAUGUUGAGCGAGGUCUUCACCUGGGAAGGGCAAAUAAAGAAGUCACCAAGUUCCAGCUUCCGUCACAGCCCAUUGUAUACGAGCCCCAGAAUAUGCAACGGAAAGCCGUUGAGAGAAUAUUUGAUAUUAGUCCCAAAGCUCUCUUUCAUGUCAUUUUCGGCGAUAAAAGCACAAUUUUCCAGGUGAUAUACCACGAUAGGCGGGCACAACGUAUUGCCCAGGGGCCCUGGAUAUCCAUUGAGGAGAACCACUUGCGACGCGACUUCCAUUUCCAGAUCGACUAUGUUGAUGUCUUUCGCCGUGCAAGGCAGGCCAACAUAGUUGAUUACCAAGUAAUCGACGUAAUAAAUGACCAUGUCUGUUACGUAGUAACGGACCGCAAGACACCAUGGCAUCUUCCGCACCACAAGGAUUUUAUGCUGGUGUCAAAAAUCGUGAUUACUCACGUCGCCAAAUCCAGGUCCAAAUUAGCUAUCUAUACUAAGGUCGACUGGUCGAAGGCCCCAACCUUUUCAAAAGGCCUUGUGGAACGACAAGCACUCGAUGAUUCAGGGCUGGAUGCCGAUGAUCUAGUUGAUGUUAUUGCGGACCAAGUGCGAAAAUUGGGCCCGCAUAGUAGGACCAAAAAAGCAGUAAACAUCUUCGGUCACAUCGGCCUCCAGACUUCCGUGUCUCUCUUCUCGGCAAAGGACUCUGGACAUUCGAAGCGGCCACAAAUUAAACAGCGCACCCUGACCAACAUGCUUCUCGAGACCGUAGGUUCAUUUGGCGAAAGCGCAAUCUCUUCUGUUAUGAUGUGGACAUUUGCCGCAAUCCGGACGCUCUGGAAGAUUGCGAGCGCUCACAGCAUCAUCUUGACAGCUCUGUUGCUCAGUAUCCUAGCAAACGCAUUCUUCACAUCAAGGGACACAUCGGAAUGGUGGUCAGAAAGAAAUGCCGCCAAGUUCAUGACCAGAAUUGGCGUAGGACCAAACCCAAUCAUGGGGAAAUCCAUAUUCCUGAAGGAUAUUGACGAUGCUCUGACAGUCUCAUACGUGAAACAAACGGCAAGCAAGUGCUAUGCUCAGUUUAGAGACAUUGCAAAUGUAACCGACCUAGGUUCCCAAUACGAAGCAGCUGGAGCAUUGUUCUCGAGGCGCGCGACUCAAUCAACCGCCCAACGGCUACGCCGUGCUCGGCAACAUCUAGGCUCAUAUCGACACGAGCUUAUGAUAGCCAUCCGCGUGGUGAACAAUGUGGAGCGAGAAAUGGUAAAAGCUGAAUGGGAGAAUUGGCUUCUCAAUGAGAACCAGUCAUGCCGACAGGUACAAGUGAUGCUACAGGACGAUCGGAGGAGGAAACCCACAACGCAGGGAGAAUCCCAACAGACAACAGGAAUUAGGGAGCAGGAGAGGAGGGCGGACGAGCUUCGGAGAUGGCAGGAGGAGUACUGUGGCAGUUGUAGGUUUGAACAGGAAAUGUUACUGCAAGAGCGGAGGGACUUUACUUCGAGGUGA